AGCACAUAGCAUUGGCUCAAACAAUGUUGCGCAAGCUUGGCUGAAACUGGUUCAUUUAUCACAGAGGUGAACCACUCCUUGGCUUGGACUUGGUGUGGUUCCAUAUCAGUGAAUAGCUGCUGAACCUCUUGCACGCCCAGAUAAGCUGUCUCAGCGAUGUCGAGUGGCGUGCCAUACAUUGGGAGCAAGAUCAGCUUGAUCACCACCUCGGACAUAAGAUACGAGGGGAUCCUAUGUACACUCAACAAAGAGGAGUCCACUAUAGCAGUGCAGAACGUCAGAUCCUUCGGCACCGAAGGACGGACAGAUGGCGCUCGAGGGCAACAUGAAGUUCCGAUGUCAAAUGAAAUCUACGACUUCAUCAUCUUCCGAGGGAAAGACCUGAAGGACCUCACGGUACUCCAGGGAUUACCAUCGCACGACGUGCAAGCCAGGCCUCCGGCCACACCUGGCUAUGGGCAACCACCAAGCCGGACGGAGGGCUACAUGGGCAUGAGCAGUUGGAAUGGAGGCCACCAGACCUCCUACAACAAGCACAGCAUUGAGUAUGAUACUGGCCCUGGCGUGUAUCAGUCUAUGCGACCCAAUGAUGGUCUAAGCAACCUCACUUCCAGUGCUGCCGCAUAUCGGCAAGCUCCCCCUUCGAGCAUCAGCAGGAAUGGCUAUGCUCCACCCAAUCACGGGGCAGCACAACAAGGUUUGAUAGGCAAUGACCUUGAUAUGGGUGGCUACCUGUCCAGCUCAGCGAGCCGGCCUGCGGUUGAGAAGUCCUAUGGUCAGGUUCGUAUAGACGCACCUGCGCAGGGCAGACAAUCCCACGAUGCGAACCUGCGGCAUCCACCACCUGGUUAUUCGGAACGCGAAUACCGCGACGCUUCGCCGCCCCGAGGCCCUCCUCGCGAGGAAGUCAAGGGCAGCGGGCUCGGCCCCCGACCACCUGGUGCGAUGGAGAAGGAGUCCGCGAACCUGUCAAGCAGACAGGAUCGGAGUACGCAUGGCUUCCCGCCAGGCGAUGGCAAAGGUGCCCGUGCACCGGAGGCCACAGGUCCAAGCCAUUUUGGCGCCGACAAAGGCCGAGGCCGCGGUGGCAAGGGUGGGCAAAAACAGCCCCUCUAUGAGGUUCUUAAAAGCCACAAGAAAGCUGAAGAAGCGAUUGUCAAGCAGAUGCGCAGCCAAGGAUCUGCAGCGAUUAACUCGCAUGAGCUCAGAACGAUGAGUGAGACCAUUCUGCCCAUCUACCAUUUGUACAUUGACUUUACAAAUUACUGUAACACAGGUCAGGGGUUUCAACAAAUGAGUGAUGAGCAGAAUUGGGAUGCCUUGGCCAAAGCCUUGAAGAAGCAGUUUGAGAAAGACUUCGGCGCAGGCCAGAAUCAACAGAAACCUCAGACGCAACAACGGCCGAACAACACGCUCGCUGAUUUCGUGAUUGCGGAACAGAAGCCGAAAAAAACAAAGGUCAAAGAGCACCAAGUGGCACCUACUGCUGGCGCCAAGGCGACCAGGGGAGGUGCUGGGCGUGGUGGCCGGGGUGCUGGUACCAAAUCCAAGGAGUGCGAGCAUGCAGCGGCUGAGGAUGACGACCCAAGCUCUUCCCACUGGGCCUGUCCGAGGUGUACACUCCGAAAUGAACAAAUGUUGUUAGAGUGUGCAGCUUGCGGGACAAAUAAGCAAGCGGCUGCCAUGUGGGCAGAAUUCCCACCGCUUGGAAGUUAAGGCGGUGUUCAAGUCUUCUCACCAGGCAGGAACAAACGCAGAUGAGCUCAAUUGCUGUGCGCCUUUGUUGUGCAGCACUUCGGUCCUGGCGGCAACAUUUACCGUUCGCGUUCCCCAGCUUUUCGGAAUGCUGCUUGUUUCCGCCCUCCAUCCCAUUGUUAGACUUG